UAACUAGAGCUUGUUUUUGCCUAUCUGACAAAACCCACAAGGCGACACAAAGUCAGAAUUUGUGGAGAAGAAGGAAGUGGCUUGGUGGAGGUGUCUUUCCAGUUUCUGUUGUGAGUUGCCACGUUACACUGCUGCAGAACUGGUUCCUCCUCUCUGCUUUCCAUCAGAACAUCAACAGUUCAAUGUUGCCUUUCCCCUCCUGGAAAAAAAAAAAAAAAAAAAAACCUGCUUGUAGCUGAGAGAAGCUCACAGAGGUGCAUGUCUUUAUCUGUCUUUGCCAGUCCUUUUGGCUUACACGAGCAUAUAGGGGACUAGUUUUGUCAAAGUUGGAGGCAUAAAGCGACUGCGCUGUAUACAAGGUGUCCUCAGGGUUCCGGCUUAAAGUCAGGAUUUAUGCGCUUUCUGUAAUAAGACACAGCGAACCAACUCUGUCAGCGUCUCGCUGACUGUGGCUGGGGGAAAAAAAAAAAUCCUGAAUUCUUUGGAGACGCCCGUUCCUUGGGCUGUGUGGUGCCACUGGACAAGGCCUUCAUUGAGCAGGAACAGGAGUGGUCUUGUAGAAGGGAUCCACACUGGCUCAGCCUCCGAAGCAACAGAGCUGUCCAAGGACGGUUAAAUAUUUAAGAACUUGGAAAGGAGGUCUCAGUGGUUUCCCUGAUUUUCCAGGGACUUCUACCCCUUUUUAGCGAUGGAGGUAUUGCAGUGUGACGGCUGUGACUUCCGCGCCGAGUCCUACGAUGACUUGAAGACCCACAUACAGGAAGUGCACACUGUUUUCCUGCAGCCUGCAGAUGCAGAUGGGUCCGAUUCUCUGAAGGAUGAGGAUGAAGACGAGGAGGAAGACGGGGAACUUGAAGAUAAGGAUGACAAGGAUGUUACACCUCCGAAAGCUGGAACAAGCCCCGAUCCUACCGACAGUCCCAACCAAACAUCUCAGAAGCAGACUGCUGAGACACAUCUGCAGUUCUACCAGUGCAAAUUCUGCGUCCGUUAUUUCAGAUCGAAGGCAUUCUUGAGGAAUCACACCAAAAAGGUGCAUAAUGUCGGGGAGGAGGAUCCGGAUGCGAACGUUUCCUCGCCGACGACUAAGCAGCCCAGCUACACCGUUAUAAGGCACAAUGACCAUUCAAAGGUGUAUUCCUGUCAGUAUUGCACAUACAAGUCUCCACGGAAAGCAAGGAUCAUAAAACACCAACUUAUGUAUCAUAAUAAAGUUCCUUCGGCUUCUGCUGAAGAAAAUCCUGAGUAUGUGGAGACUGGGGAUGAAUCAAACUCAGCGAGCGGGCUUGCAACAGGAACAUUUGCCUGCGAAUGGUGCGACUAUCAGACUGACCAGAAGGACAGCUGGACUAACCACGUGGUUAAAGAACACAGCGACAAGGUCAAGAUAGUUUCCUGCAUUGCAGAGGUAGAAGGGGAGGCAAGUGCAGGCUCACCCAAACCAGAAUCUCCCGCCUCUUCCCAUAGCCCUACGAGAUCAAAGAUGAGUUCGGAUGAUGUUAGUGGAAAGGAGGGAUCAGGGGAAAAGACGCCUGAAAACACGGUGGAAAAAUCAGUCGCCUUUCAAUACGCUCAGAUCAGUGCAAUCACUCCCAACAGCACAGGUUCCUCCAUACUGUCGAAAAAGUUCGCAUCCUCGGAUGUCUCCAACAGUGUCAUCAAGAUGGAUGCAAGCUUAAUCAAUGAAGAGGACUCCAGGAGCAGCUUAGAGGAUGAUGACGACGAUGAAGAGCUGGGCGACAUGGAUGAUCCCAGCUAUACAGGAACCUUGUCCGCAGAUGCGAAGCAGCUAUUAACGGAUGAGGAUAAUAAAUUACUGGAGACAAAAGGAAUUCCUUUCAGAAAGUACAUGAACCGUUUCCAGUGUCCCUUCUGCUCCUUUCUCACCAUGCACAGGCGGAGUAUCUCUCGUCACAUUGAAAACAUCCACCUUUCCGGCAAAACCACAGUGUUUAAAUGCGACGAAUGCCCGUUCAUUUGCACCACUGCUCUGAAACUCGGCGCUCACAAACAGAGCCACAAUUCCUCAGAUUUAGAGACUUUGGAUCUAACCAGUGAUAGCCCGGAACCUCAGAAUGACAAUGCAGCAGAGCCUGUUAAUGGGGGGAAUGUAUGUUCUAAAGUCAAUGGGAAAAAGACAACCAGCACAUCAAACGACCAGCAGAACCCUCACCGCUGCACACUCUGCAGCUUCUCAACCACCACUCUGAAAGGUCUGAGGGUGCACCAGCAGCAUAAGCAUUCCUACUGUGAUGACCUAGAUUCUACUGUCUUUGAAAACCAGCUGACAGACCAGCCUGAUUCUGAAGUGGAUGCUUCUCCAAUCUUGCUACAAAAAACCCAGACAUCCAUUUUAGGACUUGCCACCAAAAAGCCCCUAGUAACAGGGAAAAGAGCCAGGAAGUCCAUUAAUGACCUGCCUUUGGAUUUGUCCUCGGUCAAAAAGAGAACUAGAAUUGAUGAGAUUGCCAGUAACCUUCAAAGUAAGAUAAGCCAAAGCCAGCAGGACACGAUCAUAAAUCUGGAUGACAUGGAUGAUGAAGAUGUAGGAGAAAAUGUCAGUGCUGAUGAGAGUGGAAAUUUUGACAACACAAGCGCAAUCUUUGCCUACAGCACACAACUCCAUGGAAGAGAAUCAGUGCUCGCUCAGGAGGGAGGCCGAAUAGGAAAACGAAAAAGCAAUCCCAAGUCCAAACCUAGAAACAUUCCUAUAUCACUGACUCUGUCUGAUGACAGUGAAAACGUCUCUGUUGAUCCCAAUGACGGCACUAUUCAAGAGAGUAUGGAUUAUUCAGAAGAAGCUGGAACCACACGUUUCUACUGUAAACACUGUGACUAUCACAACAAAUCAGCUCGUAGCGUCAGCACCCAUUACCAGAGGAUGCACCCGUAUAUCAAGUUCAGCUUUAAGUACAUCCUGGACCCGGAAGACCAGAGUGCAGUCUUCCGCUGCUUGGAGUGCUACAUCGAAUACACAAGUUACAAUGAUCUGCACCAACACUACAUGGAUCAUCACCCAGAAGCGAGCAACGUGCUCAAUUUCAACCAACCACACCUGUUGUACAUGUGCCGCUUUUGUUCCUACACGAGCCCCAAUGUCAGGAGCCUCAUGCCCCAUUACCAAAGAAUGCAUCCCACGGUGAAGAUUAACAAUGCUAUGAUCUUCUCCAGCUAUAUUGUGGAACAGACUCACAAAACAGCUGAAUCGCAAACUCUGAGGGAAAUAUUGAACUCCGGCCCCAAGAAUUUUAAUUCGGCAACGUCGAUGCCCAGGUCCUCCUCGAGUCCAGGACUAAAAGCUGUUUCCAAAUCUCCUGAAGCCAGUGCUGAAGCAGAGCCUCUCAAAGAAGCUAUGGGUGGUAAUGUAGUUGUGUAUGACUGUGACGUGUGUACCUUUGCUAGCCCCAAUAUGCACUCCGUAUUGGUUCACUACCAGAAGAAGCACCCGGAACAGAAGGCAUCUUAUUUUCGUAUCCAGAAAACUAUGAAGGUCAUCUCGGUGGAUCAGUCGCAGUCGGUUCCCAACUCUUCCUUCAGCCCCAGCAUGUCGACAACCCCAAAACAUUCAAGUGCAGCGCUGUAUGGAACAGAUGAUGAGAUGUACUACUGUAAGCACUGCGUCUACAGCAACAGAUCUGUCGUGGGGGUGUUGGUGCAUUAUCAGAAACGACACCCAGAAGUGAAAGUGACAGCCAAGUAUGUCAAACAUGGUGCUCCAACUCCCGGUUUGAUGAAGCUAAUGGACGAACUGCAAAUUGCAACUCCUAAACAGUUUUUGAAGCAGUUUCAAAAUAACGGCCACAGCGGAUCUAAUAACUCAAGUCCUAAACCUGGUAGUGUUGAAAAAGGUGAGGACGAGCUGUUCUUUUGCCAGCACUGUGAUUAUGGCAACCGCACUGUAAAAGGGGUGCUCAUUCACUACCAGAAAAAGCACAGAGAAACCAAGGCCAAUGCCGAUCUUGUACGUCGUCACACUGCAGUUGUCCGGAGUCAGCGUGAACAUGCACAGAUGGUUCAGUCCAGUAGCAUCUCCUCUGCGAUCAACGCAGCUCCUCCAGACCCAGAAAACGCCACACCUUUGCGUUCCCUUAAGUGCAGACACUGUACCUACACGUCACCCUACGUCUAUGCCCUGAAAAAACACCUGAAGAAGGAGCACCCCACGGUGAAAGCCACAGCCAUGACCAUUUUACACUGGGCCUACCAAGAUGGUAUUCUUGAAGCUGGCUACCAUUGCGAGUGGUGCAUUUACUCCCACGCUGAACCCCAAGGCCUGUUGCUCCAUUACCAAAGACGUCACCCAGAGCAUAAUGUUGAUUAUGCCUACAUGGCCAGCAAGCUGUGGGCUGGUCCUGAGACCACCCAUCAAGGGGGCAAUCUGGAAGCGAAACAUUACAAAUGUAAAGACUGUGCCUUUGAGGCCUGUUCAAUAUGGGACAUCACCAGUCACUAUCAGGCAGUUCACCCCUGGGCUAUCAAGGGAGAUGAAUCUGUGCUCCUAGAUAUCAUCAAAGGGAAUGGCCCGGCUGAAAAGGUGCACCAGCAGCUCGCCAAAAACUUUGCACCUUUGAAUUGCCAGCCUGUUGAGGAUGACGGAGCACUGAUCAUUGCCACUCCACCUCAAGACAGCAACCCUCAUCCUCCCCACCCACGCCUCUCCAUCUCAAAUAAUGCUUAUCAGUGCACUGUUUGUCUGUCGGAGUAUAACAGUCUCCACGGCCUCCUCACUCACUAUGGGAAGAAGCACCCGGGCAUGAAAGUAAAAGCUGCAGAUUUUGCACAGGAGGCAGAUAUCAAUCCCAGUUCUGUGUAUAAGUGUCGUCACUGUCCGUAUGUAAACUCCCGCAUCCACGGUGUGCUAACUCAUUACCAAAAACGACACCCGUUAGUGAAAGUCACUGCAGAAGACUUUGCGGAUGAUAUAGAGCAUAUCGCCGAGUUACAAGAAGGAGAUGACAAGUUUAAAACACAAAGGCAGGGCUAUGGGGCUUACAGGUGUAAAAUGUGCCCAUACACACACGGGACGCUAGAGAAACUCAAAAUUCAUUAUGAGAAAUAUCACAAUCAGUCUGCUUCUGAUAUGUUCACUCCCUCUCUGACACAUUUCUCCUCUGGUAAAGAAAUGGAGCCAGUAGCUGAAUGCAGUGUUAGCAAUAUAUCAAGUGCAGGAAAAGUCCAGGAGGUCGGUGAAUUGGACCUUGCUCUCUCCCAGUUACCCAUCAAUAAGACGGAGAAACAUGCGAUCUUCAAGUGUCAGCUCUGCAAAUACUUCUGCUCAACCAGGAAAGGCAUCGCUCGCCACUAUCGUAUCAAGCACAACAACGUCCGUGCCCAGCCGGAAGGGAAAAACAACGUGUUCAAAUGUGCUCUGUGCUCAUACACAAACCCCAUACGCAAAGGUCUGGCAGCGCACUACCAGAAGCGUCACGAUAUCGACGCCUAUUAUACUCACUGUCUCGCAGCUUCUAAGACUUUGACCGACAAACCGAACAAAGUCAUCGCUGCCCCCGCUUCUGAAGGCGAAGGUACGGAAAUGACUGAAGAGCUGCGCUUGGCCGUGGAGAGAAGGAGGUGCUCUCUUUGUGGCUUCCAGGCCUUCAGCAGGAAGAGCAUCGUCUCACACUACAUUAAACGCCACCCAGGUGUCUUCCCCAAGAAGCAGCAUUCAAGCAAGCUCGGCCGCUACUUUACUGUUAUUUAUGCCAAAGAACCUGAGAAGAUCGCCGACGAAGCGGAGGCGGAGCACGUCAAGGAAGUACUGGAGGUCCCUCUUCAACCUGAGCAAGACACGGAUGCUGAAUGGCUGCCUUUCAAGUGUCUAAAAUGCUUCCAGUUAUCCUUCAGCACGGGCCAGCUGCUCUCUAUGCACUACAAUGACCACCACAGCAUCGACCUGAUGAGGGACUUCGUGGUGUCCCCUCUUCCCGAAGACGAGGAGUCUGAGCUGUACCAGUGUUCUCACUGUGAGCUGAAGUUUCUGGACCUCCCCGUUCUGGCUAACCAUCUGCUGAACCACAAUGACGAGUUUCACGAAAGAGCCUUGAGGAUGGAGAAGAGAAAGCAGGUUCUCAGCAAGCAGAAAACUACAGAUCCGCCCGAGACCAAAUUUGACAAGGAAAGUCCUGUAAAUAAAGUCCCCAUAGGAUUCAGGUGCAACUUCUGUGUAGAGAUACAUCCAACCCUCCGCGCGAUCUGCAACCACCUGAGGAAGCACGUCCAGUAUGGCGAGGCCAAAGAAGGACAUGUCAAACAGGAAGCCAGUGAGGUUCCUCUGACUCUGCCCACGGAGACUCUGACCAACGGGAACCUCGAGGACAACGAAGCCACCGAAGUCGACGGCCUGGACGAGCCCGUGGUUACGCCGAUGAGCCCGUCCUUCUCCACGGCUUCUGGGGGCAUUGCCGUUGCCGCGGAGACCCUGAAUGCCGAACCGGAUGCCGUGGAGGGACGUGCGGCCGCGCUCGUGGCCGCGGCCCGUGCGGUGGUGUCGGGGGGCCAGCUGAACCAGCGCCUCGCCACAAGGGGUCACCCGUGCGCCCAGUGCGACAGAGUCUUCAUGUCCAUGCAGGGACUGAGGUCCCACGAGAGGAGCCACUCGGCCAUGGCGCUUUUCAGCAGAGAGGACAAAUACAGCUGCCAGUACUGCCAGUUCGUCUCGCCCUUCAGGCACAAUCUGGACAGACAUGUGCAGUCUCACCACGGGCACCACAAGCCCUUCAAGUGCAAGCUCUGCCCCUUUAAAUCUGCCUACGUGAGUCGCUUGAAGAGCCACCUGCAUAAGGCACACACAGGUGAGCAGCACACCUACCGGUGCCUGUCGUGUCCCUUCUCCUCCAUGACCAUCAGCCAGCUGAAGGAGCACUCCCUCAGAGACCACGGCGAGGUCCUGACCCUCCCCAAACUGCGAGCUGCUACCCAGGCCGCACACGCCGCCCUCAGGCCCUCCCGACUGACCGCUAACACAGAGCAGACUUCCUUGGCCCCGGAUGAUCCGUCCUACCUGGAGCCGGCGGACGUCCGUCAGCAGCUCAGCCAUUACCAGCUGGCCUCCCGCGGCCACAUGUCUUCCAACUCGACACCCGGCGGCUCUUUGGUGGCUGAGAAUCGCCCAGACGGCAUCCUGACGUGCGAGUUCUGUGAGUUCAGCUCCGGAUACAUGCAGAGCCUGCGCCGGCACUACAGGGACCGCCACGGCGGCAAGAAGCUCUUCAAGUGCAAAGACUGUUCGUUUUUCACCUGCUACAAGAAUAACUUCAGCAUGCACGUGGAGGCCGGUCACAACAACACGGCGCCCGAGGACCUCCCCAAGGACCUGCGCUGCCCCCUCUGCCUCUACCACACCAAACACAAGAGCAACAUGAUCGACCACAUCGUUCUGCACAGAGAGGAGCGAGUGGCUCCGCUGGAGGUGAGCCGCUCCAAGCUGUCGCGCCACCUCCAGGGCCUGGUGUUCCGCUGCCACAAGUGCACCUUCACCUGCUCCAGCGACCAGGCCCUGCAGCUGCACCUGCAGAAGCACGCCGAAAUCAAGCCCUACCAGUGCCAGCUCUGCUACUACGACAGCAGCCGGCGGAGUCAGCUGGAGGAGCACCUCCGCCUGGAGCACAAGGUCAUCCGCAACUUUGAGCUGAUGGGUCGGGUCAACCUGGACCAGCUGGAGAUGAUGCGGGAGCAGGGGAGCAGCGGCGAGGAGGAGGACGACAGGGAAAUGGCGGAAAUGGCGGAAGACGGACGGAUGGCCCUGGAGGAAGACGACGACGACGAAGACAUGGAAAUCACAAACAACGCAGCGGAGGGUCAGACGCAGCUGGACGACGAGGAGAUGGAGGACAUCGUCAGAGACGAGGAGGAGGGGGAGGAGGAAGACGAGGAAGAGGAAGAGGAGGAGGAGGAUGAGGAAGAAGAAGAGGAGGAAGAAGUCAAGGAGGUGGAGGAGGAAAAGCCUUCCUCGCAAGAGGUCCUUGCGUCUCCCAUCAGCAGCAGCAGCAGCUCGUUGCCGAGCAGCGCGGAGAAGCGUAUUCCCUGCGAGUUCUGCGGCCGCUGCUUUACCAACAGGCUGGAAUGGGAGCGGCACGUCCUUCGACAUGGCAUGGUGGUCAACAACAGUCAGCUGGACGCCAGCACCACUUCAGCAAUAGAGGCCUCGGCUCCUUCGUCCACAGGCUCCUCUGUGUUCGCCGACACAAACAUGGACCUGUCCAGCAGCAGAAGAGAGGAGGAGGAGGAAACCCCCGCUGAUCCGUCACUAGCAAGUCAAAGCCCGUAUGUGGAAGACAAAGAAAUGCUUGACACCAAAAAGGAUCAACGCUUGGGUUGAAGCGAUUGUGGCCUCUUGGGAUACUGUGCUAGGAAAAUGAAAAACCGUUGGGUGGAAUCAGCACGGAGUGGUUAAUGGAAAAAUAAGAUGUCAAAGGAAACGAAACGUUUGAAUCUUAUCAAAAGUGACUUUUUAUGAGUUGGUGCAUUAUUAGAUUUUAGGUGUUACAUAUAUAAGUAUUAGGUUGUGCUGCAUAAAAACGGCUGAGCUCUUUAAACGGGCGGUCCCCUAGGACAGAUCUUAAUAUAUUGGUAACCAAUAGUGAACAGAACUCUUUAUUGCUGACAUUCUGGUCAAAUCUACAGUGAAAGAUCCCACCUAGACAAAACUAAGCUAUUUAUGAGAAUGUUGUCCAAAAUGAUAAACUAAAUUUCUCAUUUUUAUUAUUUGAAGCACCUUUUACACUCCUCUCUGCUCGUCUGUAAACAGGGGUUCUGUAAAUUUACCUGAAACAAACAAGGUAUGGAAGCGUUUACAGCCACGGCCCACUGUAGAGCGAUCUUUUCUCAUUUCUUGUCAAGAUCUUAGACUUUUUCUUUUCAAAUCAUCUUAGCCUUGUGUGAAAUGUGUGGAGGUAGUCUUUGAGGAAGAGUCGCACCUUAUCUGUUCUAGUAAAACCACAAAUCACGAUUCUGUAGGAAAUACUGACAAUUUUGCCCCGAUGAUUGAUGUUUGUAGCAAACUGCUGUGAUUUAGGCCCCCCUUUACAUUGUACUGCGUAUAAACCCUCAGCCUGUGGCGUCUUUCCCGUUUUUGAGUCCAUUCAUAGCUGUCCGGUAAUUUCACUGAAGAGGUCCAAAAAUACGACUGCGUUCAGAUCAAACCUCAGGCAGUGGUCUGAGAUGAACAGUAAUGCUUCCCUUUUGCGUGCUCCCGAUUAGGAUAGCAAUAGAAAUGUGUUUGAUGUGUCACAGCUGCGAACGUAUCCGUUCAGGAUUCGCCCGAAAGACGACUCCAGGUCUCAGUGCUAGUUGUAUAUUUAACAAGUUCAGAAGUUUACACUUGUCUUUUCGAAGCUGUAGUUGUGUUUGGGGUCCGAAUCCAGCUCAGUCCACAGUCAUAUUGCGGAGAUCCGUUAGAUCUGAACGUCUGGGUUCGGUGUGAUUCGCUGACGUUGACUGUGCACGAGAUGGAACCGCAUCACGUCCAGACCGGUGAUUUGAGACCAGUGCGAAAGUGCCUUAGAACACAGCUCCUGGGUGAACUACGAAAUGAAGUCAAAAUUGUUCACAAGUUACCAGGAAUAAAUGCAACUUCCCUCUUUUAAUGUCUUUUAGCUGCAGAAUUGCAUUACCUCAAUGAAUUGGCAUUUUUAAAAUUAGAAUUUAAAUCUAAUUCAGAUCUUAAAUUCUUGAAUGCACAUGAGAUCUACUGUGUAUUUUUUUUCUUCUUUUUACAAUUUUACAUCACCGAGGGCUUACAGUCCGAUUUAAUUCUGAAUGAGAUUUUAGCUGUGAAGAUGUAUUUGCCAAAACUCGGCGUCAUCAGAUUUCUGGCUUCAUCCUGAUCCAAGAGAAAUAAAUAGUUACAGUCAUAGUAUAAACAAAACCAACUGAAUAUCUAGUUUAUAACAGGAAAUGCUGCUUUUAACCAUUUUAUGUCUUCUUUUUAAUGCAAUUAGCACCACAAAUGACCCUGUUUUUACACCCAGCUGUAGGGAUGAAAUGAUGUUAAAGUUCAUCCACACUUUCCAAAUUUGCACUGGCGUCCAUCAUUAGUGGCUGCCAAGUUUCUCUGUGGUCUGUGGUUCACUUUGCACAUGAGGGGUAUGCUGAAAAGACAAGUGUAAAUCAAGAAAAAAAAAACCCUAAAGCUGUUUGAUUCUGUCUGACUUCAUGGUAAAGACGAACUUUUUAAGUCGUCUCCUGAAAUCAUGAUUUAAAAAAAAUGUCCCUUAAGCUCUCACGUUGCAUCGAUGUGUCGCCAUAGUCUCCAUUUCUGUGCUUCUUUUUAGAAAAAAAAAAAAAAAAGUUAUGUUAUUGUCGAUAUUGACAAAAGGCAGAGAUUGUAUUUGUCGGACGUUGCUGCUUGAAUGCCCUGAAGCCUUAUGAGAAGUGAAUAGCAAUGAAGUCAAAUUUUGUUGUCCCAAUUCCAAUAAGACCCAACGAGUCGCAUCCAACAGCCCGGAGAAAGCGGCUCGAUUCGACGACGGAACACAAACAAUGUAACCGUGUUCAUGGUACCAAAAUAUUUACCCAGCCUGCUGUGUUUGCUGCUGUAAUCGUCUCUCUUAAGCAUUGAACCAUUGAUGGAAACGGGAAAUCUGGGUUUGAACCAUAGAAUUUUUUUUUUUUUUUUAGAGUUCGGCGGACGGAAACCCUGCUGGACGACAUGUCUGCAGCCAUGUAUAGAAAAACAAAACUACUCGUUAAGUGUUUGAACUGUGGUGUUUCAGAAAGGAUAAUUUAACCCUUAUUUCCUUUAGGUGUUCUCAUUUUUGAAGAAAAAAAAAAAUGGAAGAAGAAUAAUAAUAAAAAAAAAAAAAAAGAAAAGAAAUCUACAAAUGAUAGCUAACCCUUUGGGGCUUUUGAGUACCCAAUCCAACAUUAUUAUGCUGUUGUACAAUGUCUGGUUACGAUGAAAAAUAUCCCCUUUUUGUACUGUCAUGGGAAUGAACAGAUAGGAAGCACAGUGUGGUUGUACAAUAUGAAAUAUAAAGAACAAAUAUGCAGUUCUCUACUAAUUAACGGUGAGGGCUUUUAUGUGAAGAGGGAAAGCGUGGUCAGAGAAGGGGGGGGGGGGGGGGGGCGGCUUCUCCCUCCCUGAUUGAUCAUUUUCUGGGCUUGGCCACCAGCUGGGUUCCCCGACGGCCCGGAGACUCUUUUCGGAUCCUGCUCAUUCGGGUCCAGACGAUGAUAGGACGCUCCGUUUUCUGCCCGCGUAGUUGACGAGCUCAACGGUAGGCGGGAAUGUACGUAUAGCUGUCCGACUUUACGCUCGCCGGUCCUUAAAAUGGUUGAGUUGGUGCUGAAUCUCGAGGCCCCUUUUACUCUUUUUACAGGACCAGCGUUGUAUCUUUGAAAAGUGAGAACUGUUUGAAACUAGUUGUUGUAGAAAUAAGCUUUGUAAAGGCAGCCUGUCGCCCAGCCGAAAAAAGCCCGGUUCGAACCACAUGAUGAAUCGGGACAAUCUGGGUAACGAAGCUGUCAAAACCCAAAAUUGUUUGUUGUUCUGUGAUCAUUUUAAUAGAAAAUUACUAUGAAUCCCUCACUGUGUGCAGUCGUCAGACUGCAAUAUUCCCAGUUUACCCAAAGUUAACCCCUUGCUGACAACACACUGGAUACUUGUAUAUAUGUUUAGUUUGUUUCCGAUGCAUUUCUCUUUUCAGACUGUUGUCUCCAUAGUUUGACACUAGAAUCUCUCCUUCUUGCCUUUCUCCCAUAUAAAUCUGAUUACCUGAUGGUGGGUUGUGAUGUUGCCUAGAAUGAUUGUUUACAAUUUUAUUCCAUUUAUCUCUGGAUAUUCUGUAAAUAUUGUAAUUCAUUGUCUUUUUUUAACUUGAUAAUAAAGUUAUCAGAUAACAGAU